CCCUGCCGCUCCUGCCACCUCCCCUGCUUCCUCGGCGCUCCCGCCCCUGCCGCCGCUGCUGUCCCUGCCCCCGCCGCGCUGCGGUGGGUGCGGGGCGGGCUCGGUGCCGGCGCGGGGCGGGAUGGACGCGGAUCUGUCGGCGCUCGGCAGCCCGCUGUGCGGGGAGGUCAAGCGCUUCUGCCGGCGGCUGCGGGACACCUACCGCGAGAUCCAGGAGGACCUCACCCCCUACAAGGAUGACCGAUACUACCGGCUGGCACCGAUGCGAUUAUAUACUCUGUCAAAACGACAUUUUGUUCUGGUCUUUGUAGUAUUCUUUGUUUGUUUUGGUUUGACAGUCUUCAUAGGAAUAGCAGGUCCUAAUGUAAUUGAAACUUCUGUAGCACGAACCUACUUAAAUAAUAGUGUAAAGCUGAAGCCAUUUAAUUUAAGUUCACCACCAUUGUCUACUUACAACCAGCAGCUGUGGCUGACCUGCGUGGUUGAGUUGGAUCAGCAUGAUGUAUCCCUCAAAAAGAAUAUUACUAUGACUGUCAAAGUUCUUGGAGUGGUGAAGGAUGGAAGCACACCAUACGUUAAUAACCAAGUUCACAAUCGGACAAGAUUACUCAGUUGUGCACAAAAAUGCAGCGAAAUCAUUGUUGCUCACCUUGGCUACCUGAACUACACUCAAUACAACAUAUUUGUUAGCUUUGAAGAUCUGAAUAAGUUAACAUACGCUAUCCAGAAUAUUUCUUUCACGUGGAAGACUUACAAUCCAACUUUUUCACAAGUGGAAAUAUGGUUCCGAUUUGUCUUUGUAGUUCUUACUUUUAUGGUCACGUGCCUGUUUGCACAUUCACUGCGGAAAUUCUCCAUGAGAGACUGGGGUAUUGAACAGAAAUGGAUGUCCAUCCUCCUUCCCCUCCUGCUACUUUACAAUGAUCCAUUUUUCCCCCUUUCUUUUCUGGUGAACAGCUGGUUUCCUGGAAUGCUGGAUGAUCUAUUCCAGUCACUGUUUCUGUGUGCACUGUUGUUGUUCUGGCUUUGCGUCUACCAUGGUAUAAGAGUACAGGGGGAAAGAAAGUGCUUAACUUUCUAUCUGCCCAAAUUCUUUAUUGUUGGACUGUUGUGGCUGGCCUCUGUUACAUUGGGAAUAUGGCAAACUGUUAAUGAAGUACAUGAUCCUACAUAUCAAUACAGGGUUGACACAGGUAAUUUCCAGGGAAUGAAAAUCUUCUUCCUUGUGGUGGCAACUACAUAUGUUCUUUACCUUUUGUUCCUGAUAGUGAGGGCAUGCUCAGAACUUCGUAACAUGCCUUAUGUUGAUCUCAGGUUAAAAUUCUUGACCGCAUUAACCUUUGUGGUGCUUGUAAUUAGCAUUGUUAUACUCUACCUACGCUUUGGAGCACAAGUUCUACAGGACAACUUUGUUGCUGAGCUGUCAACUCAUUAUCAGAACUCAGCAGAAUUCUUAUCAUUUUAUGGUUUAUUGAACUUUUAUCUCUACACAUUAGCCUUCGUGUAUUCCCCCUCAAAGAAUGCGCUGUAUGAAUCACAGUUGAAAGACAAUCCUGCCUUUUCUAUGCUGAAUGAUUCAGAUGACGAUGUGAUUUAUGGGAGUGACUAUGAAGAAAUGCCACUUCAGAAUGGCCAAGCUAUUAGAGCCAAGUAUAAAGAGGAAUCGGACAGUGAUUGAUUGAUUUUGAUGUACACAGACUUGUUCAGCUGGAAUUAAGCCAAUUUUGAAGUUUUCCUAGAUGGACAACUUCCUUGGCUUCCUUACAGUCUGCUGUCGCCUGAACACCAACUCCCAGGAAGGAUAUCCUGCUUCUGCUUCUGUUUACAAAAUUAAAACUGAGAGAAAAGAAUGCUUGAAAAGGGUGUGGGGAAAAUGUAAGAAACCAACAUUUUUACACGUCUUAUACCUGAUAGCAGGAUGUCUGUGGACUCACAUCUUCUGGUCUGUUUCCAUUUAGGAUUGUCACUGAUUAUGCGCUGAUUUUAAAAUUUCCUCCUUGCUCCUUCUUUGUUUUUUUUUUUUUCUUGAGGUUUGGAUUCCGUACAGCGUGCUGUCAUUCAUCUGUUGCAUUUGUGUUGGCUCCUCUGAAUAUUGUCCCCUGCUGUACGAAGUGCCUCAUUUCCCUUUGAAUUUUCUAUCUUAGUCUUUUGAGCUGGAGACAGGGAAUGAUGUGUUCUAGGGUUUUAUCAUUUUUUUAAGGCAAGAAAACACAAGCUUUUUAUUCUUCCUUUGAAGAAGUGAUAUAGACUUAAGGCCAUUUUUAAAAUUCAUUUCAAUGAGUUUACCAGAUUUGAACAUGCGAGAUAUGUGCAAAUGAUAAUCAAGUUCUGAUAAGCCAAACUAGCCUCAGUGGUGUGAAUUUAUUUGUAUAAUGUGUGUUUCGUAACAUGCUUUACUACCACAACAGAAGGGUUUGGUUUGGUUUUUUUUUGUUUAGAUUUUUUUUUUUUAAACAGCCUAAAUAUUUUUCAAAUGGAAAUAUUUAGGCAACAAAUCUCAGAAGGAAACUAGUGCUCUUAUUUCUGGUUUUUUUUUUUGGUAUGCUGGAGGAGAUUGUUACACUUACAGAGAAUACAGCAUGAAAAUUUCAUAGAGAAUUACAAUUUCAAUUUUCUAAACAUUUCAUUUUAAAGGCUUUUUGUACAUGAGAAUUAUUCCUCAAGUGGUAUUAAUAGAUAUUUAACCUACAUCCUAGGAACAAUCCUGGUUCCUCAUGUAUUGAACAUGAGAGUUAGCAUUUAUGCAUGUUCUAUGCAUAGUUCAACUCAAUCCUACCAGUCACCACCUAUACUGAUGGGAACUUUUACUGGAAAACACAUUUUGUGAUUGUCUGUAUUCCAGUCUGUGCUGGAAUGGAGUUACAAGGGAAUUAAUUAUUCCUUGUACAAUGCUGCUGCUUCUCUAUUUAAAAGUUGGUUUUCUCCUACAAUGUUUUUCAGUUCUUUAUUUAAGUGUAUGCUGUUUGUUUCUAACUACUUUUGUUUUCAGGUACUUGACCUGUCUAAAAGUAUCUUUUUUUUUUUUUCAUGGAUUCGUAACUGUGAUUUGCUAUUGUAAAAUUUCUCUGCCCUGCUGCUGUUGGAAAAGUCUCUCAAAAGCACCGUUAAUCUAUUGGAUAGCAAACAGUACUGGCUUACAGUAGGGAAUUGUGCUCAUCAUUGCAGUAGCUUGAGCAGAAGAGUGCAAUGAAGUUCUACUAGACUUGUUGAACUGUAUUGAGGAAAAGGUAGAUUUGUUUUGCUUUGAUGCAACAACUGUUCUAGACCAUUCCCAUUGCAGUAACCUCUGGUAGCUGUUUGAGAUCACGAAGAGGAGACUUCAUGGGACAGCAGUUUGCUUAGAGAAGACCAAAGGAACUGCUUCAUUGUGGUUGCACCUUCGCUAUCACAGAACAGUUCAGAUUAAAUCCGUGCUCUGCUAAAGACAAGAGUGGUGAGAUACUGUCUGUACUUUCUAUAAUUAUGUAGAGCUGUGAAAUUUCUUGAGGGUAUUUGAAAUUUAAAACUUUCUGCACCAGAGAUCAUUUAUUUGUUAGAAACCAAAGCACUGGUGUGUGGCUAAAGUAAGGAAGUUCCUGGGGAGGAGAGGAAGGCUUUUUUACUUUAAUUUCUUAAUUAAUUGAUGUCAGUUUAGAACGUAUAGGGAAACAUUAAAGAAGUAUUUUAAGUUAGUGGUGGGGUGGGUUUUUCCCAGUGAACUGUAGUAAGCUGUACCAUCAGCAUUUCCUUUUAUACCUUUUUCUUAACAAGUAUGGGAGGCAAUCUUAUCUUAUCUUGAAAGAGGUGAGCCCAUUCUCAUUUUCACUGUUCCCAGAUGACUCCUGAGGCUUACAGCUGUUUAAAUUUGCAGAGUCAAAUUCGGGAGCCAACUAGGCAUCCUUUGCAUGCCCCAAAUCCUUUUGACUUUCAUUGGAGAAACAGUAGUAAAGGAAUUAGGCCUUCAAAAAUUAUUUACAUAGUCCUUAUAUAUUCAGAUCUUUUUUUCUCUGAUACUGUUUAAUUCUGUUGUAAAUUGUUCUGAAAAGAUGAUCAAAUGUUUGAUUUGACCAAUGUGCAAAGUAUACUCAUGUUUCUUACCACAGUCUAAACUGGUUGUUACAGUUACCAAUGAAAUACAGCGUUUUCCUUUGGGAUUUCCUUAACUUCAGAAAAUAUUUUCAAUCUAACUUUGAAAUUAUGAUUGUUUCCUAAGCUGUUCUCUUUUCAUUGCACUUGUCAUUUUAUUUGCAUUAAAUGUUCUACAUCACUACAUUCAAAGUGGAAAUAGGAAAGCUGAAUAGGAAAUAUGUACUUAAACCAAGCAUCUCGCUAUGAAAAUAGUUUCCUUGUUAAUUUUUAAAGAUUAUAUUUAAGCAAUGUUUGCCAUGCAAAUUAGCUUUGUAUUUUGGAAGUGCUAGAGUGUAAUGGUAAGCUCAGCUGAAGAACUGUCACAUCAAAUUCAAUAUAUAGUAAGAAGGCAACUGCAGUGAAACAAAAAAGGAAAUAGAUUUGUUAGCAAGAAAUCUGUUUCACUCCUCUUAUUUCCACAAGUGGAAGGCAGUGGAAUAUUACAGUAUGCAUUGUAAAUGACUUGGGAGCAGGCGGUGCAAGUGAAGUAGUGUAACCUAAGGGUGAAACAGAAGAUACCUGGGUAAGAAACUACCCUGGCUUUCCUUUCGUUACUGCUAAAGUAAUUAAGUAUUCCCAUCACUAGUGGAACUGUAUAAAAUGAGAAAAUUGUAGGAAAAUGCCCCUGCAGUGUUCCUGCUCUAACUGCAAGACUUCCGUGUACAGAAUGACCAAGAGGGACUUUGAAGAAAUCAGUAAUUGCUGAGUGUAAGCCAUUUUCUGUAGUACUUGUUUUAAAAAUACAGCUGGUGUUGGAACUGGUUGGAAACUUUCCUAGCACUGGCAAAUAAUAGGAAGCAUAAGGCUUGAGACAAGCAAGGAAGAGUUAGUGCAACAGAUCUCUGGCAUUAAUACUGGGGAGAAUGGUUCCAGCUAGGACCCAAAAACCAACUUUGUAUCCAUAGUCACUUCAUUUCUCCCUCCUUUCCUUUUGCUUAUGGCAGUAAUAUCCUUUGCAUUACUGUGAAACUUUUUUUUAGAAGUCUGUAAAUAUGUAAAAUGAAAAUAUGGGAAAAUUGUGUACCAAAAUGGUAUAAAAAUGUGUAAGAUAAAUGCUCUGUUUAAUGAGAAGCUGUAAUUAAAUGCUGCUUUGAGGAGGCAUGCAUGAGGAUGUGCUAAAUACUCUUAUGUAUCUAGAAAUUGUGUUAAUGACAGCAAAUUAUCCAUCUAUGUUGGAAACUUCAUGCUAAUAGGGAAUAUGAAGGAAAAAAUAAUAUUCUACUUCAAGCAAAAGCUGGGUAUUGAGAUUCUUGGAAGAUUUCAUGUGCAUAAUCGUUAAAUAUGUUCAUAAUAAAGUUUU